CCAAGAAAAACUACGAUCAAAGAUAGAAUUUUAAAAGCAAUUCGACAGCCAAUUUUUACUUCAUCGGUGAGUAAAUUUAAGUCUUUUUGUUGGUUGUUCACAGAAUACGCACUUUAAUGAACAAUUAGGUAUAUUUUUGAAUUUUGCAUGUAAUGAGACUUUCUCUAAUUUUAGCCACCUCAGAAAAGACAUCAACCGGAGACACACAAAAAUUCAAGCGAGUCAGAUAUUCCUGGAAUCAUUUCACAUGUGAGUUAUCCAGUUAAAUUUUUCUAGCGAAAUAAAUUAAUCUAUUCCGAUUUUUUAAAUAUCAAUUCUCGUCCAGAAAAAAAAUUUCCAAAGACUUCCCAAAAAUCUAAUUGAAGUUUUUGCGAUUAAAGUUUUACGUUAUUUAACGAGUUCGCUCAAUUUACCGAUAAACGUUGGUCUAAGUCAACAUUAAUCUGGAUAUGUUUAACAUACUCAUUUUGAAUUCAUCGUCCAUAUUUCUCUUGUCCUUAAAGUACAUCAGUACUUCUUAUUCUACUUAGCAGAAAAAAUGCAACCGUUACGACUCUCUUACCAUUAUAGCUUUUCACUCAUUUAAAGGAAACAACUUCAGUACAAUCACCGGUCAAAAAUCAACUUUUAGCCCAUCAACAAACAAGAUUUAGACGCUUAGCAAUUAAUGUGAAAGAUUAUCGAGCAAAAGGUAUCAAUUUAAAAGACAAUUUAGCCGUUAAUGCAACAGUUAAGGUGAUUGAAAAGACAUUAAAAACAAAAUACAAUGAAAGAUGCGAUCAAAAAAUUAUAGCUACAACUGUAACGACCAAUUUUAAUGGAAGAGAUAUUCCUGAUGAAUUAGUAUUUGAUCUUCCCGUGCAAAAUGAUAACGGACAGCAAAAAUCUGAGCGACAAAUUACUACAAAAGUAGUUUUGUUCAAUAAAGUAGAAAGUCACUUUUCUGGAACAAACAAUAUAGCCCCGAAAACAUUUAGCACAGCUUUUAAAGGUGACGAAGAAUCGGAAGAGUUCCGAAUCGAUCAGUCACAGAAUUCAACAACAAAGAAAAAGGUGGGACGAAAAAAAAUAUUAACAGAUAGACAAACAGUUUUGCGUAUUGAUAUAUCAUCGUUCGUUAAUAAAGACAAAACUCUCAAAAACAAACAGUAUAUCACUAAUUUGAUAACAUUUGUUACGUCGAUAGCAACCAAACAUAAUUUGAUUUUUACCGAAUCCGACAUAUCGAACGAAGUUAAAAUUCAACUAAAAAUGUUGCGAUCUAAUCAUUACAAAAAACUUAAAAAGAGAAAACGAGAUUCUGAAUUAUGGUCCACACAAAUCAUCGAUAUUAAAAUAGAAUGUUCACUAGACCCACAAAUUAUUACUGAUUUAUCUACCGACAUUCAUAUUUUUAAUGUCGGCGUCGACAAUAUAGAGCUGUAUCCUAUAUCGAACACUGAAAAUACAAAUAAUAAUAGUAUUUUAUCAUCCACGCAGUCGUAUCCCUCGGUGAUAGAUAGAGAUCUUAAUACAACAGAUGUUAAACCGAUAAUAAAUAUUUCUCUAUCACCGAAUAAUGAAACAAUCAGUAAUAAUAACAAUGAUCAACCUAAUACUACAAAUUCAUUUGAAGUUCUGUUCGCUAAAACAUCAGAAGUUGUGAUUUUGGAUGAAGAAAACAUUAGAGUUAAAUUUGAUUUUGAUAUUGUCCAUCAUUUAUUAAACAAAAACAAUGUACGGAAUAUUAAGAGAGUGGCGGAUUGUAUUCGUCUAGUUAAACGACAAUUGAUUCAGUGGAAAAUUCCUGAACAACGAAUACAAUGGUCCACAAUUUUUAGGUCAUUUGAUAAACGUUUAAGCACUAUUUAUUUCUCUGAUACAACACGAGAUAGUCAACAAAUUAGUUUUUCAUUCAAACUUGAUGGAAUUCAGUACACUAGGACUCUUCCAUUAGACGCUAUUAUUGAUGAUGAAAACAAACGCAAACAAAUUACAAAUUUAAUCGAGAAUUUCUUUUUAAUUCUGGAAUGUUGUAAAACAAACGUUGGAGAUCAAGAAAAACGACAACUUGUCACCAGUUUAAAAGAAAAAUGUGAACAGUGGGGAUUAGAAUACACACGUUUAUUUGGAGUCGAUCAAAUCACUCCUUAUAUACAUGUUUUUAUCAGUCAUCUCCAUGAGUUUUAUGAUCAGUUUAAUAAUUUGAACACAUUUAGCCUUCAAGGUGUUGAAAGACUAAAUGAAUUAUUGACCCGUGAUUAUUUUGGUGGAACGAAUAGAAAAGGGGAGUAUUUUCAGCAAAUGAUCAAAAAACGACUGUGCCAAAUGGUAUUACCGGUGACCAAGACACAACUGAUCCACAUACGCCAAAGUUUCGAAAGUUGUACUAAAUUAUUUGGCGAUUAUGAAUCUUCUGAUGAUGAUUUAGCUGAUGAUGAUUAUUAUUACGAAUCAGAUCAAGAGAUACCAAACAUUUUAAUGAAUUUUGGCGAAAAGCGGAAAUCAAGAAGUUGUAUCGUUGCUGAGAUAUUGAUAUUUUACGAAACGCCCCGAAAAACGUGA